AUCAACAAUUCACCACCACAUUCUCAGCACAGAUAUCUUCGAAUCGAAUUUAAGGAAUCAAGCUCAAAGCUAAAAGAACUGUUAUCAUGCCACAGGCGAACGGGGUUCAGGCGAACCUCAUCUGUAAUGGAAUACCUCUGACCGAAUACCCCGGCCUCUCGUCCGAUCCUAACACGGUGUUGUGCGAAUCUACGCCUGGCCAAACUUUUGAGGUAGAGUUCUUAGGACCGGAGGCACCUUCAGAUUGCGUAGUCAAGCUCUACUGUGAUGGCGUCUGCAUGGAUAGCUAUGUGUACCCUCGAAAUCAGCUUAUGAAAGCGACUUUUCGUGGUAUCUAUCUUCCGAACGAUGACGCAACAUUAUUACCAUUCAAGUUUGCGAACGUCGAGCUUUGUGAAGAAGAUGACAGUCACCCAGAGCAAAUUGUCAAAAACCUUGGCACUGUGUCUCUGGAGGCCUUCCGUUGUACCUUGGGUCCCAGGAAACCAAAUAGUGAUAGUGUUAUUCCAGCAGUCGCAUCAAACAGCAAAUUCUCUGAACGGAACAAGAAAGCCAGAGAUUGGGCUAGUCUACAAGUUUCCUGCCGAAAGCCAAGAGCCUGCUAUGUUGGGUCUUGGUACAUUGAGAAUCAAGUGCAGGGGAAAAUCAAUUAA